AUGGUUACUAAUGCUGUAAAAGAGCAAUCACCGUUGACAUCUCCACCUAAAUCACCCUCAGAUCAAUUAAGCUUUUUGCUGCCGCAACCGACGAUUGAUGGCCUUACAGGGACUGGGUAUCAGGCCAAAUUAUUGAAUGCAGAAGAUAUACUGAAUGAGGAGGAUAGCAUGGACAGUGAGGAAGAACAAGAGGAGGAGGAGGAGGAAAAAGAAGAAGAGGGAAAUGAUAGUGUCAAUGUGCAUAGUUAUGACGCAGUCGGUGGAAAUGGUGAUGCCGAUGAUGACGAGUCGCAAGUUCGUGACUAUAAUCCAGUUUCAGUGACCCACACAUUAAGCCGUCGAUUAACUAAAUCCGAUGCUGAAUCAUUAGUAGGCGGUGAUUCAAUCAAGGAUGUACAUGAUGAAUAUGAAGCUGAUAAGAACAGAGUUCACCCCACCGCUAAUCCCGAUCAACCAACUGAAGAUCAAGAAGUGAAAGUUGGUGAUCAUACAUUCACCGAUGAUAAAAUGAAACAAUACAAUCCACAUCAAAAAGUAUUUUCAUUUUCAUUACCAUUUGGCGGAGGUUUUUCAUCAUUACGAGAAAAUUUAACGCGGCAUUUUACUCUGUUGAAGAAAAUUGAUGUGCCAUUUGUUGGUCAUGAUGAAGAACACAAGGUUGACGAAGAAUUGCAUCGUAAAGUUGAAUUGAGAUUGCAACGACAACAAUCAAUAAGUACGCUUGACGAAGAAAAUUAUUUCAAAGGGUACAAGGGAGUUGAUGGUGGAAGAUCAGAAGCAAUUAAACAUACGAUAACAUCCAAUUUAACUGAAUUGAUCCCCCACAAGAAAAAGGAAGUGGCUGAUUAUGAAACGAUCUAUGAUCGAAUUGAUGGUAAUAUUGUGAUAAUGGGAGGAUACAGAGGAUCUAUUCUCCGAGAUACCAAAACCCGUAAACGAGUUUGGAUUCCAUUGAAGGCAGGAUUCAAUUUAAGGAAAAUUAAUCUUUUGUUGGGCCCAAAUAAGGAAGAUGAAUGGAAUGCAGAGGAUAAAAUAUACCCCGAUGGAAUUUUAUCUCAUAUUGGACCAAUCGACAUUUGUCGGAAGCUAAUCAAGAAACUAGACGCUAAUCCAAAAGUAAACAUUCAUGAAUUUGGUUAUGAUUGGCGAUUAAGUGGUGGUUACGUCUCACGUAAAUUGGAACAAUUCCUCACCAAAAUUUAUCAAGAAACAGGGAAACCAACCUUGGUCAUUGCUCAUUCAAUGGGUGGAUUAAUGGUUCAUGGAGCAGUGCAAAGAAAUCCCAAAUUAUUUCGAUCUGUGGUUUAUGUCGGUUCACCAAGUGAAUGUUUAAAUAUUCUUGGUCCUAUUAGAUUUGGUGAUUCAGUAUUAUUGUCAGACAAGAUCCUUACUUUUGAAUCGAAUUUUAUGAUGAGAUCAAGUUUUAUCUUUUUACCAUUAAGUGGUGAAACUUUUUAUAAUUACAAAACUAAAGAAAAAUACAAGAUUGAUUUUUUCAAUCCUGAUAAUUGGGUUGAAUAUAAUUUAAAUCCAUUGGUUUCAGAAAAAAGGAAAAUUGAAGCUGAAGCUAAAGCUAAAAAGCUUAGAGAUCAAGAUCGUGUGGGGACGAGUUCAAGUAUGUCAAGUUUAAGAAGCACCAGAUCUCCUUCACCACCAUCAUCCAUUACUUCAUCAUCAACUUUCCCUAGCAUCAAUCUGAUUAGUUCAAAGUUUUCCAAAAUGUAUCGUUCUACAUCAUUGAAAAAGAGCAAGACUAAUGCUGAUACAACAGCAAUGUCUUCUUCUUCUUCAUCAACUACUCCACCUCCACCAACUAGCGGCUCUACUGCUUCCGAACCACAACCACCAGCGGCAACAACAUCAGUACCAGGUAUUGAUUCCACUGGAACCCAAUCAACACCCCAUCCUGAUCAUUAUUCGUUUACAUUUGCUGAAUCGUAUCGAUACUUGAGUGAAACUCUAGAAUCAACCAAAAAAUACGUCCAAUCACUAGAACAUGAUCCCAAAUUAGCAGCAGAAUACCCACCAAUGGCCAUUGUAUACGGAAACAAAAUUCCCUCGGUACGUGGAUCUUUGGUGCGUCUGAGACAAGAUAUUAAAGAUGGCAAUUAUUACGAAUUCUUUUAUGGUCAUGGUGACGGAGUUAUUCAUCAAAAAUGGUUGAUGCCAGAGAAAAAAGGGUUCACUUUUUAUGAUAAGCAUACUGGUACAGGAGAAAUUGUGGGUAAAUUUGCUAGUGAUGCAGCUCAUGUUGGAUUAAUGACUGAUUUUGAUACAAUGGGGAAAGCUUUGAAUGCGGUGUUUGAAGCGGAAAAGUUUUGGGAACAAAAGAAACUAUCACAAAAGAGGAAAAUGAGGGAGAAUUGGUCGAACCAGAAACAGGAUUAG